AUGGCUCUGAAAAUUCUUUCCAAAAUCGCAAGAAAGGCCGGUUUAAUCCGGGUGUCUAUCACCGUUGUCCGCCAUACCCGAGGCCACACCCGGGUUAUCCACUCUAUCUGGCCAUCGGAUGACUAUGAAAUCCUACCCACCCAAGAGGAAUUUGCAGAAGAAUGCAAACAACGUGAUGGCUGA